AUCAUUGUUGGUUGAAUCGUCGCCAUGGGAGGUCAGGAGCAACGUCUUUCUUCCCCGACAUGGUUCUCCCAUCUCUCUUCCUCUGCUCGCCGAGUCAAAUCUCUCUCCCCCAUCUCCGAUGCCCACGAAACUCCUGUUCGCUCCUCCUUGGUUCGCCGCCUCGGCCUCUUCGACCUCAUCCUUCUCGGCGUCGGCGCUUCCAUCGGCGCCGGCAUCUUCGUCGUCACCGGCACCGUCGCUCGUGAUGCUGGACCCGGAGUCACCGUCAGUUUCUUGAUCGCCGGAGCUUCCUGCGUCCUGAACGCCCUCUGUUAUGCUGAGCUGGCAUCUCGUUUUCCGGCCGUUGUAGGGGGAGCCUACCUCUACUCUUAUUCCGCUUUCAACGAAAUCACGGCUUUUCUCGUUUUCGUCCAAUUGAUGCUCGAUUACCACAUUGGAGCGGCUAGUAUCUCACGAAGCCUCGCGAGCUAUGUUGUUGCUCUUCUUCAGCUCUUCCCAGUUUUCAAGGACAUCAUUCCGAGCUGGUUGGCAAGUGGCCAAGAACUAUUGGGUGGAAUGCUUUCUAUUAAUAUCCUCGCUCCGAUUUUACUAGCACUUUUGACCCUCAUUCUAUGCCGUGGGGUGGGAGAGUCUUCUACUGUUAACUCCGUCAUGACUGCAACGAAGGUCGUGAUUGUUAUCGUCGUGAUCUGUGCCGGUGCUUUUGAUAUUGAUGUGGAAAAUUGGUCUCCUUUUGUUCCAAAUGGGUUCAAAGCAGUACUAACGGGGGCAACUGUAGUGUUCUUUUCUUAUGUCGGAUUUGAUGCUGUUGCUAAUUCUGCUGAAGAAUCGAAGAGACCUCAGCGAGAUUUGCCGAUUGGAAUUUUGGGCAGCCUUCUGAUAUGUAUUGCAUUGUACAUUGGUGUCUGCUUAGUGCUCACCGGGAUGGUCCCUUUCAGUCUCCUCAGCGAAGAUGCUCCUUUGGCCGAAGCUUUUACAUCAAAGGGUAUGAAGGUUGUCUCAGUUUUAAUCAGCAUAGGUGCUGUCGCUGGGCUAACAACCACACUUCUGGUCGGUCUUUAUGUUCAGUCCAGGUUAUAUCUGGGACUUGGAAGGGAUGGGCUAUUACCUUCAAUCUUUUCCAGAGUACACCCAACUCUUCACACACCCGUUCAUUCUCAAAUCUGGUGUGGCAUUGUUGCUGGCAUUCUAGCUGGCAUAUUCAAUGUGCAUAGUCUUUCACACAUUCUGUCCGUUGGUACAUUGACAGGGUAUUCGGUUGUUGCAGCUUGUGUUGUUGCCUUGAGAUUGAAUGAUAAGGGAGGGAGUCAUGUUUCAUCCGGAUGGAUGUCAAGUUGGCAGGAAGGCAUCAUUUGCCUCCUUGUAACUGCGUGCAGUGGUUUUGCUGCUGGUGUGUGCUACCGUUUCAGUGCUUCAGUCAUUUUUCUUUUCCUCUCAGUUGGUAUGGCAAUUAUUGCUUCUGCCAUUCUCCAUUAUCGCAAAGCAUAUGGUCAGUCUCCAGGCUCUGGGUUCUGCUGUCCGGGUGUACCCGUCGUUCCAUGCGUUUGCAUUUUCUUCAACAUCUUCUUAUUUGCUCAGUUGCAUUACGAAGCGUGGAUACGAUUUCUUGUCGUAAGCGUUAUUGCAACUGCAGUUUAUGCAUUGUACGGACAGUACCAUGCAGAUCCCAGCUCAAAUGCGACGACGUUGAUUUAUCAAAGGGCACCCCAAACUGAAUCUCCGUGACAUUUCAAGUACAUAUCUUGACGUUGUUUGUUCAUAGUGUAUCCGAUGUACGAGCAAUAACGACGACGAUUCAGUAUACAUUACCUCGAUGUAAAUGAAUUUAUCCUAAAGAUGCCCUUUGUCCGAUCUCA